ACGGAACCAUGGACAUCGACUUCGAGUCAGACUUGUCGGUGAACGGGACGGAGGACGGCGGGGAAGCGGUGCACCUGGCCGUGCGCUGUGUCAUGACCUCGGUGUACAUCGUCAUCAUCACGGUGGGUCUGCUGGGAAACGUCACUCUGGUCAAGAUCUUCGUCAGCAACAGCGCCAUGCGCUCCGUGCCCAACAUCUUCAUCUCCAGCCUGGCGGCGGGGGACCUGCUGCUGCUCGUCACCUGCGUGCCCGUGGACGCCUUCCGGUACUUCUCGGAGGAGUGGGUGUUCGGAGAGGCAGCGUGCAAACUCAUCCCCGCCAUCCAGCUGACGUCCGUCGGCGUGUCGGUGUUCACACUGACGGCGCUGAGCGCGGACAGAUACAAGGCCAUCGUGAACCCGAUGGACAUCCAAACGUCCAGCGCGGUUUUCUGGACGUGUCUGAAGGCGGGGUCUAUCUGGGUGCUGUCUGUCCUGCUGGCCGUCCCAGAGGCCAUUUUCUCACAAGUCGUCCCCAUGCAGGGUCAGCAGGACAACAGUAACGUGACCUUGGUGAACUGCGUUCCGUACCCACUGUCCAAUCAGAUGCAUCCAAAGAUCCACUCAGUGCUGAUCUUCCUGGUUUACUUCCUGAUCCCUCUGAUCAUCAUCUCCGUUUAUUAUUUCCACAUCGCCCGAACGCUCAUCAGGAGUGCCCACGACAUGCCGGGCGAAGUCAGCAAGCACACCAAGAGACAGAUGGAAACAAGAAAGCGUUUGGCAAAGAUCGUGCUGGUGUUCGUGGGUCUGUUCGCCCUCUGCUGGUUCCCAAACCACAUCCUGUACAUGUACCGCUCCUUCCAUUACCACCAGACGGACCUGUCACUGGCCCACCUCAUCGUCACGCUGCUCGCCAGAGUCCUCACCUUCUCAUCGUCCUGUGUCAACCCCUUUGCCCUCUACCUGCUCAGCGACAGUUUCCGCCGCCACUUCAACAGCCAGCUGCGAUGUGGUCGAGGCCCUCACCCAGAACGCCAGGUUAGCUACCUGCAGAGCACCUCCCACAUCCGCCUCACUUCCAUCAAAAAGGCCAUGCCCACUGCAGCAAUCCUCCCUCCUACCGCCAACGGCAACACCAACAAACCAGAAGCAGCUGUGUGA